CCUGGAUUGGUUGAAGCUGAAGCUGCUGUCCACAUGUGCUUUAACUGCGACUUACAUGAUGUGUUAUGUUAGAAAAAUAUAGAUUAGAUUUAACAGUGAUAUAAAAACUGGACAAACCCUAUAACUAAUUUAAGACACAGUUUGAAGAUGUUGAGUGAUUCUGAGGCUGCAGAGCUGCUCUCCUUCCUGACUCCCAAUACACGACCUGAUGUCAAAGGUCACGCCACCGAAUACUUCCUGGGACUGUCAGGAAACAGAGAUGGCUGCCGCUUCCUCCGCACUAAACCUGACAUACUUACUGCCCUGUUUGCGCUGACCUCUGACCCCUCUAUUGCGAUAGUGAAGGACUGUUUCCACAUCAUCAUCAACCUGUCAGCUGAUGAGACUCUGCACCAGGUGCUGGUGACAGAUGUUAAAGUUCUUCCGGUGUUGCUGAAGAACCUCAUGGAUCCAGACUACCUGUUCUCUGAUCAGAUCUGCACCAUCGUGUCCAACCUGACCCGGUUUGAGAAAACCUGCAAGACUGUGUUCAAGGUCCUCGAGGAGGGAGUUGGUAUGGCUCAGCUGGUGGAGAUCUUCUGCACCGAAGGUUACAACAAAAAGGCGAAGCUCCACUACCUCGGUCCUCUGCUGUCCAACCUGACGCAGCUGCCCGAUGCCAGAAACUACAUGCUGGACAAAGACAGGUGUGUAAUCCAGAGGUUGUUGCCUUUCACUCAGUACCAGGCUUCAGCGGUGAGGAGGGGCGGAGUUAUAGGCACUCUACGCAACUGUUGCUUUGACCACGCCCAUCAUGAGUGGUUGCUAGGCGACGCUGUGGACAUCCUGCCCUUCCUGCUGCUGCCGCUGGCCGGUCCAGAGGAGCUGAGUGAAGAGGAGAAUGAAGGUUUGCCCGUGGACCUGCAGUACCUCCCAGAGGACAAGAAGAGAGAAGAAGACCCCGACAUCAGAAAGAUGCUGCUGGAAACACUUUUUCUGCUGACAGCGACCAAAUCUGGCCGGCAGACGCUGAAAGACAGGAACGCGUAUCCGAUCCUGAGAGAGUUCCACCUCUGGGAGAAAGACGUCCAUGUUGGAGCAGCCUGUGAGAAACUGGUCCAGGUGCUGAUAGGAGACGAGCCGGAGCAGGGCAUGGAGAACCUGAUGGAGGUGGACAUCCCCGACGACGUGGUGGACAAACUGAAGAAAGCCGAUGCCGAAGAACAAGAGGAGCUGGAGAAGGAGCAGAAGAGGAUAGAGGAGGAGGAAAAGGAAGAGGAGAGGAAGAAGAAGGAGACAGAGAAGGAGAACAGUGCUCCAGAGGAGACGGACAGAGAACAACAGGAAGGAUUCACACGAUAAAGAAAAACCUGUUUUAGACUUUUGUAACAUUUCUGCCUUCAGGUGGAUUUUUGUCAUUCGGACAUCAGUUUCAUUAAACAGGUUUAGUCAGACGUGACGGGACGUUUACAGGAGGAGACGCGCUGCUCAGUGACAUUUAUCAGCUGCUUCGCAGAGGGAGUGAUGUCACAGCGGCCAGAAAAGUGAGUAAUGAUACAAAGGAAGGAAGAGUGUUUUCUGUUCUGUCACAGGCUGCAACUACGGUGGAUUUUAAAGGAUGAGGCUGUUUCUCUAUUUUUCUUAUUGUCACCAAAUCUCAUGAUAAGAGCCAAUUAGUGUAUUCAAACUAAUGUAAAAGCAAUCCGGUUGAAUGGAUAGUCACAGAGAACAAAAUAGUGUGGCUCAUUGAUGUUUUAAAUAGUUUUCUGGACAACAACAGAAGUCUGCAGCACAGAAAAAUAAGAUAUGUCAGGUUUGAAUACACACACAAUACAGAUCAAUUCAUAAGAUUUGUUAAUAAUAAGAAAAAUAUAGAAAAUCUUAUCCUUUAAAACUUUAAUAACCAUCAUUAUUGUGAUCAUGAGCGAUACUCAGCCUCUUCUCACAUUGAAUCCAUCGAUAACUUAAUAUUUCUGCUGCCUGUUUUAUAAUGUCUGACUGGGAGGAAACAUACGAUGAUGUAGAUGUCGAGACUCUUCUGUCCCACAUCACGAGGGAAAAAUCCUUUUAAUAGACUGAUCUGAGGAGUGUCCUCAACUACUUAAAUUUGGCUCAUUUCAUUUCAUGCAUUUCAAAAAGGAUUUAAUAAGAAAGGUAUUACAGUGCUUCUAGUUGUCAGAAUAAGUUGGAAGUUACAGAUCUGACCUGCUGUAAGGUUAUCGUCAUGACUUUUAUAUAAAACCAGGGUUCAUUCUGCCUUCCUGAGUGUCUUAAUGUGAUGAGAUCUCACCUUAUGGUUGUCAGACUCUGUCUUUAUGUCACUCUGUCUCACAGUAUCAUGUGUACUGGGCAUCAUGAUGUUCCAGCUCUUCAUUUAAGUCCAUGUUUUUGGAUGGCUGCACCUUUUAAUCAGACAUAUUCUGCAUGUCUCCAGCAUCAUUUUAAACACAUAUUCCUCUCCAGAAGAAAUUUAAAUAAUAAAAUGGCUUUA